CUUUCACUUUCAGUUUCACUCUGAGACUAAUCCUGACGCAGAUUCUUCUCUGGAGUGAGGCUGCUCCAGACGGCGGGCUGCAUUUUUCAGUACAGUUGUGCAGCAAAAAGCCCUUCGCCCUGAUCAGAACCACACCCUGGCCUCCAUCAUGGGCGUAGCAGACGACCUCCUGGAGAGGAUGUACUCAUGGAUCAGUCAGAGGGAGCAGUGUCCCGAUCAGCUGGAGGAGCUGGCCAGAGUACUGGAGAUCCACAGAGGGAAUUGUAACAUCUCGGAGUGUGUGGGGAACUCGGUGUCGGUGGUGGCGACUGCCUGCAUGCUGGGAGCCGGAGUCGCCACCUUGUGUUCAGGAGGAAUAGCUGCUCCUCUUGUAGGACUCGUGGCAGCGGCGUUCAGUGGAGUGGGUGCAGCCGUCACCCUAGGAACUAAAAUCACAGAGGUCUUUGUGUCCAGCGGCCCAAUGUUACAGGCGAAGAAGGUUGAGGAGAAGAGUAAUGAAAUAGAAAGAGAAAUCCAGCAACUCAGUAAGAGACUGAAAGACCAGAUCAGGGAAGAGAAUCCCUCCUUCAACCAGGACCAGCAGGACCAGGCCUUCAUGAUCCAGAUGAAGCAGGCCAUGGCCAGGAGGAACGGAAUAGACAUCGAUUUCCACUCCAAUGACUUCAAUCAGCUUAGCUACCUUGGAGAUGCAUGGAAUCCCAGACAGAACGUCCUGAUGCCACGGGGCACUUCUCAUCAACUGCUCACCGUGGCAGUUGCUGGGAUUUUAGCAGUUUUUGCUGUUAAACUCAGUGGGAAGGAAUCCAGGAUCCUAUUUGCGAAGGAGCGAAACAACUCAUCAAGACACUGUCCUACAGCUGGAGCCAAAACUGUCCUGAAAGGAGGCGCCACGGUUGUGGGCGGAGUCGUAGGAAUGGCUUUUGCACUUCCUGAAGCAAUCACCAGCUGGAAGAAAAUGAUCAAGAGGAAUCAUGUGACCGAGGCCAGCCAAUCACUGAGAGACACAGCCAGACACAUCCGAGAGAUGACAAGGACUCUGAGGAGACAGCUGGACAGAAUCAGGAACAUGCUAGAAGAGAUGGCCAGACAUCAGCAAGAAAAAAGGACGAGCACUGUGACGGCAGCAUCUGACUCCGAGGCGGCAGCAUCCAGCACCGAGCCGGCAACAUCUGGCACCAUGGCGGCACCGUCCGGCACUGUGAUGGCAGCAUCCGGCACCGAGCCAGCGGCAUCCGGCUCCAAGGCGGCAGCAUCCGGCACUGUGGCAGCAGCAUCCGGCACUUUGGCGGCAGCAGUCGGCACUGUGGUGGCAGCAGUCAGGACUGCAGCCGGCAAGGUGGUGACAGCAGUCGGCACCAUGGCGGCAGCAUCCGGCACUGUGGUGACAGCAGUCAGCACCGUGGCGGCAGCAUCCGGCACUUUGGCAGCAGCAGUCAGCACUGUGGUGACAGCAGUCAGCACUGCAGUCGUCGCUGUGGCGAACGCAGUCAGCACUGCAGUCGUCGCUGUGGCGAACGCAGUCAGCACUGCAGUCGUCGCUGUGGUGAACGCAGUCAGCACUGCAUUCAUCACUGUGGUGAACGCAAUCAGCACUGCAGUUGUCGCUGUGGCGAACGCAGUCAGCACUGCAGUCGUCGCUGUGGUGAAAGCAGUCGACACUGUGGCGGCAGAACUGAGACGGAACAAGAGCAAGAGGCAAAAAGAAAGAGAGAGGGAAGGAGAAAGGAGGAGGAAAGAAGAAAAGAGGAGGCAAGAAGAGAUGAUGCAAGACGAGAUAAGGAUGCAAGAAGAAAGGGAGAAGGAAGAAAAAAGGAAGAGGGAAGAAGAAAGGAAGAAGGAAAAUGAAAGAGAGAAGAAAUGGAAGGAGAGGCGAAUGAGAAUCAUGGAUUUCCUGAUCAUGGGUUUAAUUAUGGUCAUCGCUUUAAUUGUGAUCUUUGCUUUAAUUCUGAUGAUUGCUUUAAUUGUGUUCUUUGCUUUAAAAAUUAUAUUUGCUUUAAUUCCAUAUCUGAGUUCAUGCUGGAGUACAGGUGAACGGGAACAGAGAGCUGCGAUUACAGAAAGAGAGUUGAGUACUGGACUCCUCAAGGUCCAAUCAGACAACUUCCAGAUGUCCAGACUCCCACAGGUGGUCUCCAAGCACAACCUGGAUGUCUUCCUCAACACGGGGAAAUCAGAUGCUUUGGACCCACCACCACCUGACAAAUCAGAUGCUGUGGACCCAACACCGCCUGACAAAUCAGAUGCUGUGGACCCAACACCGUCUGACAUAUCAGAUGCUCUAGACCCAACACCUCCUGACAAAUCAGAUGCUCUAGACCCACCACCGCCUCACAAAUCAGAUGCUCGAGACCCAACACCUCCUGACAAAUCAGAUGCUCUAGACCCAACACCUCCUGACAAAUCAGAUGCUCUAGACCCACCACCGCCUCACAAAUCAGAUGCUCGAGACCCAACACCUCCUGACAAAUCAGAUGCUCUAGACCCAACACCGCCUGACAAAUCAGAUGCUCUAGACCCAACACCGCCUGACAAAUCAGAUGCUGUGGACCCACCACCGCCUGACAAAUCAGAUGCUAUAGACCCACCACCGCCUGACAAAUCAGAUGCUCUCGAACCACCACCGCCUGACAAAUCAGAUGCUGUGGACCCAACACCGCCUGACAAAUCAGAUGCUGUGGACCCAACACCGCCUGACAAAUCAGAUGCUGUGGACCCACCACCGCCUGACAAAUCAGAUGCUGUGGACCCAACACCACCUGACAAAUCAGAUGCUCUAGACCCAACACCGCCUGACAAAUCAGAUGCUCUAGACCCAACACCGCCUGACAAAUCAGAUGCUGUGGACCCAACACCGCCUGACAAAUCAGAUGCUCUAGACCAAACACCUCCUGACAAAUCAGAUGCUCUAGACCCACCACCGCCUCACAAAUCAGAUGCUCUAGACCCAACACCGCCUGACAAAUCAGAUGCUGUGGACCCAACACCGCCUGACAAAUCAGAUGCUGUGGACCCAACACCGCCUGACAAAUCAGAUGCUGUGGACCCAACACCGCCUGACAAAUCAGAUGCUGUGGACCCACCACCGCCUGACAAAUCAGAUGCUGUGGACCCAACACCGCCUGACAAAUCAGAUGCUCUAGACCCAACACCGCCUGACAAAUCAGAUGCUCUAGACCCAACACCUCCUGACAAAUCAGAUGCUGUGGACCCACCACCGCCUGACAAAUCAGAUGCUGUGGACCCAACACCGCCUGACAAAUCAGAUGCUCUAGACCCAACACCGCCUGACAAAUCAGAUGCUCUAGACCCAACACCUCCAGACAAAUCAGAUGCUCUAGACCCACCACCGCCUCUUAAAUCAGAUGCUCUAGACCCAACACCGCCUGACAAAUCAGAUGCUGUGGACCCAACACCGCCUGACAAAUCAGAUGCUGUGGACCCAACACCGCCUGACAAAUCAGAUGCUGUGGACCCACCACCGCCUGACAAAUCAGAUGCUGUGGACCCACCACCGCCUGACAAAUCAGAUGCUGUGGACCCAACACCGCCUGACAAAUCAGAUGCUGUAGACCCAACACCUCCUGACAAAUCAGAUGCUCUAGACCCACCGCCGCCUCACAAAUCAGAUGCUCUAGACCCAACACCGCCUGACAAAUCAGAUGCUGUGGACCCAACACCGCCUGACAAAUCAGAUGCUCUCGAACCACCACCACCUGAAAAAUCAGAUGCUCUAGACCCAACACCUCCUGACAAAUCAGAUGCUGUGGACCCACCACCGCCUGACAAAUCAGAUGCUGUGGACCCACCACCGCCUGACAAAUCAGAUGCUCUAGACCCACCACCACCUGACAAAUCAGAUGCUCUAGACCCAACACCGCCUGACAAAUCAGAUGCUGUGGACCCAACACCGCCUGACAAAUCAGAUGCUGUGGACCCAACACCGCCUGACAAAUCAGAUGCUCUCGAACCACCACCACCUGACAAAUCAGAUGCUCUAGACCCAACACCGCCUGACAAAUCAGAUGCUGUGGACCCACCACCGCCUGACAGAUCAGAUGCUCUAGACCCAACACCGCCUGACAGAUCAGAUGCUCUAGACCCACCACCGCCUGACAAAUCAGAUGCUCUAGAACCAACACCGCCUGACAAUUUAGAUGUUCUGGACCCACCACCGCGUGACAUAUUAUAUGCUCUAGACCCACCACCGCCUGACAAAUCAGAUUCUCUAGACCCACCACCAAAGGACCAAAUGACUGAAAUUGCCCCGCUGGUAUCUCCCUCUGAGCCCAGAGGUUCUGAUACUGAAGAAGGCCGCUACGUGGACAAGGAUGGACCAGGUGAACUUGUAUAUCCAUGGAUGCAGCAAGACAAGUAGGAUGAGGUCGUACAUUUCCGUUGCUACUGCUUAUAUAUAGUCAUAUAUAUUCUUGCAUUCACACGUAUAUACUCCAGAAUGAAGGCAAUUGUUUUAAGGAUGAUGAAGAUUCACGUCAAAAAUACAUUGAUUUAUUUACUGAUUGAUUUAUAGAUUAUAUAGAUAGACUUACAUUCACAACACAGAAUCAACUGAACAGACAGCCAGUACAAAGAUUUUUUUUUUCUCCAAAAUUAGGAUUACAUUUAAAUGGAUUAGUUGCGGACAUUGUUUUGGGAAUUUCUAUAGUUUGAUAAGAAGUGUGCAUAGUGUAAUAAUACAUGGAAAUCCAUAUUAACAAUGUGCAAUUUACUAUAUCUAAAGGUCAGAUGGAUAAAUUCCAAACCCUUUCAUGCAGACUUGGACUUGGUAAACAUGACUUCUUCAGGUACCUCCAGCUUCGUCAUUAUUAUGUGAAUGAAGUACAAUGUACUCCAGCAGAUGCCCCCUCCAACCUCAUUCAGAUCUUUGUAGAGAGUUAUAAAAGGAGUAGCAAAAAAAAACACUGUGGGAGCGCUCGUUUCCACACCCGCGCAUUCAAGGCGCAUUCCAAACUACACAACAGGUAGGCAACGAUUA